UGUACGAAAGCUGUGAGGUCAUCGCCUUUGAUCUGCCCUUAUAACCUUGGCAUCGUCGCUGCUCGUGUUCCUUACUCUCAACCACCAUGCCCGUCCCAGGAUUCCUAUCUUCCAUCGCCGACAAGGCCCAGUCUGCAAUUAGCGCUGCUGGUGUCCACGCUGGGCGUCCUACCAGCCCCGAGGCGGCUCAGACUGAGACCGCCGCCACAGGCCAUAGCACUGGCCACAGGAACUUCGCCCUCGAAUCGAUUCACAAUCAGCUCAGGACGUUUGGUCAGCAGUACGCCUUCAGAUCGACUUCCCCAGUUCAGAAGAUUAUCACCGUCGAGAAGGGCAUCGCGCUCGAUUUCGAGUCUCUCUCGCGGGAUGCGAAAGCCCAGAGCAAGGAGCUCUACACUUGGGGACAGAACGAGGACGAGGAUCUUAAGGAUGUAACCGAUCGUCUUGCAUACCUCAACUUCAUCCAGGGCUCCCUCUCCACCACGCUCUCUGCGAAGCUCGUGGCUGCUCGUGCGCCCCUCAAGGCUCUCCGCGAUGCGGAGACGGCGCUCGCUCCGAAGCGGCAGCUCCGUACCACCCUCGAGAACCAAAUUGGACGCCUUGAGACCGAGAAGAGCCGCGGGUACGAACAGAAGCUUGCUGGUCUGCGCGAGCAGUUGCAGAGGGUAGAGGUCGAGAGCGAUGCUGGCGAGAAGGAGGUCGAGCUCCUCAAGCGCAAGGCAGUGCGCGAAAGUGAGCUAUUGAAGUGGGAGGCGCUGCGUGAGUACGGCGAGAAGCUCGUCAUUCUCUCCCAGGCUGCGCCUCGCAUCAUCGAUGCCCUCCCCUCGGUCCCUCCUACGCCGAACCAGCCAUACACCGGUCAGAAGAUCACCGGUGCUGCUCGUGCCGCCCUUCAGCGCGCCCUCGAUGAUUACAAGACCGGUCAGGUCGAGCUUCCGAUUCACGGCCAGGGCGACCUCUCCCGCCACGAUACCAUCAGCUUUGGUGAGAGCCACGCCAGCGAGCUGUCUAGCAUCGAUACCUCCAACAUGGACCCGCACCCCAGUGGACAGUAUACGCCGCCCCCUGGCCCGCCUCCCGGUGUGGCAGGAUCCCCGAAGGCUGCCGCGCCCGUCCCGAUACCCUCCACCAAGCCUGUCGUUGACAUCCCUUCCCCGCGUAUCGACACGAGCAAGGCACAGUCGCCGCCUCUCGAUCCGGCUUCUCUGAACCAGUCGCCCGCGCCCAUUCCCGCGGGACCUGCCCGCGGGCACGUCCCAUCCAUGUCCUCGGGUUCCCCGCCGCCUAUCGUCUCGUCGGAGAACGGUCAACUGCCGCCGGUGACCCCGACCGUCGCUGAGACGGGCAUGCCCGUGUCUGCUGGGACGGGCGGUCCCUCGAGCGGCUCCUUGAAGGACCUGAAGUCCCCGUCGCCUGCGGUGAAGCCCUCCAUCCCAACGCCUGUGGCCGAGGAGGCGCCGCCCGCAUUGGGAGCAGCUGGGCACUUUGAGAGCGCAGAGGCUGAGAAGCGUCGUCUGGCGGAGCAGUACUCGCAGGCUGCCAGCGAGACCCCCGAGCAGGCGCGUAAGCGUUUGGAGCACGAGCAGGAGCUCGCUCGCCAGCCGAGCACUUCGCGCAAGCCCGGUGACGGCGACGAUGAGCUCCCGCCGUACCAGGACAUGUAAAGGACUGAUCUUGCCACCGUUGGACUUUAAUGUACUACCACCAGGUUGAUCUACCGU